AUGGUGCCAGAUGUGCAGAGGAUCAUUGAGAGCAUCACCCAAGGAGACCAGGACACUGUCCAGGUCUUACUGGACAGCUACAACACCCAGUAUGCAGAGUGCUUCUUUUUCAACUCUGAGGUGCAGGAGAAAAAAAAGGAACAAGAACUGGAAGAAUUCAGGAAGAACAAAGUGAGAGAGUAUGCUUCUGACUCUGAUUCUGACUUUGACUCAGAUGACGAUGAACCUGAUCUUCUUCUCCGAGAGCACCUGGCCACAGCCCUGCUGUGCUUCAUCAGUAGUCAGCUACAGCCAGCAGUGUUACGGGUUUGCCUGCAGACACUGCGUAUCCUGUCCCGUGACCGUCGGGCUCUAGGGCCUAUGGUCACUGAUAGCGCCCUUAUCACUUUGGCACACCUGGGAGGCAUCAGCUUACUUCAGGCAUGCCCAAAACAGGAGGGGAGAGCUGAAGAUCAGUCACCCAGAACACACAGCCGGAUUCACACAAGAGCAGCAAGUGGCUCUGAGGAGGCUGCAGAUGGUGAUGCUACACCAUUAUCUGUUAACUCUGUGGUUCCCCCUUCUUGUCCUGUGGUAGCCUGUGCUGCCAACAAUAAUGGCUUUGUUCAUCACUGUGAUAAGUGGACAGAUGAUCGUCAUAUGACGCUUGCUCAGAAGAACAUCCAGGAAAAGAACAGUGGUGAGGAAGAAAUGGAGGAUGAUGGGGAUGUGUGUAGGAAUGAGGCCAUUAAGGUCUUGUGUAAUGUCAUCUACAACAGCCCCAGGGCGCAGGAGGCGGCCAGCACACUAAGACUUCUGCAAGAUCUAUGGGAGAGUCUGAAGCAGGGGAUUGGGAGCAGGGAGCCAUCUAGUGGCCGGUUUUACAAGCUGAGACUACUCUUCUUACUGACUGCUCUGAGGCCUGAGCUCAGACUGCAGCUACAACAGGAGCGAGGAGUUGCAGUACUAACCAAAGCCCUAGAGCAGUGCCUGGCUGUGAAGUGGGGUGAGGGGUAUGAGGUGCUCAGUGAUAGCACAGCUCCUUUCAUCUCCAAGAAGAUAUCCCAGGAGGUCAUCGAGAUUCUAAAGACACUCUUCAACAUUGCUCAUAGGUUAUACAGGCAGGACCCAGAUGAGGAGGAUGCUGCUCUGUAUCGCAGCCUAGCUGCUGUUCUUCGCCACUGUCUGCUGCUGUCAUGUGAUGGAGAAGGCACCUUGGAGGAAAUCCAAGGACAUACUGUAAACAUCUUGUCAGCACUGCCGCUGACAUGUCUGGAUGUCUUGCUAUCUGUUCAUGUGGACAAGGCAUCCCACAAAUGGGAGGGAGUCAACAUGGACUGUGUCCACACAUUGCUGCUGUUCAUGGACAGACGCCUGAACAGGACUCUAAAGCUAAAGGAGAAACUAAUCCCUGUACUAAAUUUGCUGACUGAGAGUUCUCGGGUACACAGGGAGACUCGUCACUUUUUACGGCAGAGGGUAAUAACACUGCUAUCAUUGCUCUAUUGUCCUGUCAUAGCCAUGAAAGGAUAUAGGUGACUGACAUUUAAGGCCUCUCUGAGGGGACCAUGGUCAUACUGGCAUUUAUAAAUGAAAUUUCUGAGUAAAAUCAAUUCAUAACAAUGUAUUAACUGUAAAGUUUACAUCUUGUGUUCCUUCACAGUUAGCCGCUUUGUCAAAUAUACGGGUUACGGCAAUGCUGCUGGACUACUGGCAGCUCGGGGACUGCUGAAUGGCAGAAGGAAUUCAUGCGACAGCCAGCAUGCCUCCCAGUACUCCAGUGACUCAGACUCAGACACAGAGGAAUACCGGGAGGCUAAAGCUAGGAUUAACCUGGUGACUGGCCGGGUGGAGGCAGAGCAGCCUGAUCCAAUGGAGGGCAUGACUGAAGAAGAAAAGGAGAGGGAGGCCCGCCAACUACUCAGCAUGAUAAACAGACUAUCACAAGACCAGAUCAUUCAGCCAGUGGCCAUAACAUUAGAGGGGAGACUAGCUCCAUUCUGGAGCCAAAUGAGGGGCUGCACGCUGGAGGAGGAGGAAGAGGAAGACGAAGAGGAGAGCAUGGAUCUGAUGCCAGAGGGGAGGAAAGACAAACAGAUUGAAUAG